GUCGGAAUUGCGAAUUUAGGGUUCUAAUCCCUGGCUCUCAAUUUAUUUAUUUUCGCUUUCCUUCCCUCAAGCUCCCGUUGGUAUUUAAACACUAAUGCCUUCGCGCAGGAUAUACGACAUUCCUUUCCCUUCCUUCUCCCUCGUGAUGAACCAGUCUUCGACAAGCAACAUGAGGUUGCCCAGCUACAGAACUUCUCACUUACUUCGCUUCCACCCUUACCCGAGGGUAAAGUUAAGCCAACGUGAGAGCCUGAUGAACACUGUAGAUGAUCGCCUCGGCAAUCGGUAUGACGUUGUUGAAGAGGACGACAAUGCUAGACCUGUGAUUCUCGACCUCUCCGACCUCCAUGAGGAGCAGCAUCCUAAUGUUGAGAAUCUGCAGGAAGUCGUUGAAGUCGCCGAAGUCGCCGACGCCGGCGCCAAACCUCGCAUCAGACGCCUCAGCUUGACCACUUUGAUCAUCGACCUUGCAGUGCUGGUGGUCAGAAAGCUGGCUUUCAAAGCCAGGUAGUUCGCCAUAGCCACACAGGCGCCAGUAUUCAAUACUGAGAAAACCAUGGUGAUCCUUAACAAGCUGGUACCAGUCUACUAAUUCCGGUUAUGCUG